AUGGAGGAGUUCAGAACGGUGCUAGAGGAGAUUGGUCUGCAUGACUUGGGUUAUCAAGGACCGUGCUACACAUGGGAAAGAGGGAGGACGAAACAAAACCAGAUUCGUGAAAGGCUUGAUAGGUCAAUGGCCACAAUUGCAUGGAGUGAGCUUUUUUCACAUCAUAUAGUGAAACACUUGGCAUGUCCCGUAUCAGACCUUAGCCCCAUUAUUGUGGACACAGUGGGGACAAAACCAAGUUGGCAGUGUAGACGCAAAAGGACAAGAAAACAGUUUGAGGCUAUGUGGACAGUUGAACCAGAGUGUAUAAAGAUUAUUGAAAAAAGUUGGGCAGAAGUGAAGGACAAUUUAUUUGACGACUUAAGCAAGCUACCGAAUCGGGGAAUAAGUGGAGAGACUUUGGCAAGGGAAGUGGAACUAAAGGACAACUUGAACCGACUACUAGAACAAGAAGAGGUUUUCUGGAAACAACGUGCAAGAACAAAUUGGCUACCGGAAGGCGAUAGGAACACAAAGUUUAUUCAUGCACAGAAGACAAAAAAGAAAACGUACAAACAGAAUAUAUGGGGUGGAGGAUGA